AUGAGCGCCGGAGAUGACAUGCUGAUGCCAUGGGACCUGGACAGCAAGUGGACUAGAAUUCCUGGUGUAGAUGGGACCCGAAAACAUAGCGAAAUUGGACGAAACCCCGAUGAACCAAUGGGAUGGGAACAUACGGACGAGCUCCUUCAACUUCCUCCUCUUUCCGGCACUGAUCUCACAUUCCUUACAAACCCCCUACUACUCAACGCCAACCAAUAUGAUCUACCUGCUCCAGAUGAAUUCACUCUUAGCUUUACGAGCAUCGCUUCACAACAACGCGCGUACGUCAGCUAUCUCCUAGAGAGCAUGGCGCAAUUGGACAGCUUGAUAUUAGAUCCGUGCGAGCUGGGCCGUUUCGAUCGGAUAAUGCAAGUGAUCAACAAUGUCUGGGCGACUAUUCGAGCCAUUCUACAGUGCGAUGGUAGCAAACCCCCUUCUCAAUUGUUUUCUUCCAUGUUGUCGUGUAUUCGGUUGGCCUGUGGCUGGUUUCAGUCUAGAGCAUCUUCAAAACAGCGAGAAGCUUCGGUAUCAUGUUCCCCGCCCUCCGUGAACGGCAUUGAUAUUCGAUAUGGCGAGUAUAAGAUUCCCCAUACGCAGGUCCACGUGAUGCACGGACUGCUGAUCCACAUGGCGGUCCAGGAUGGGAUCGAUCUUCUAAGAGGAAUACGUUGCAUGUUGGAGAAGGAAGCUUUGACACUUGGUAUUCAGGCCAGUGUAGCAUCGCUCACACCAGUGGAUGUGAAUUACUUUGUAUCCGUUCUGGGUCACUGUGAAGAAGAGAUGAUGAGGAUCUUGCAUGUAGGAAGAGACCUAUUGACGAUGGAUUCGACCUUGCCGGAUGUAGCUGGGAUAGAGGGAGAAGAUUUCAUGUUUGAGUAA